UGGUCGAUUGUGCCCUUUUUUUUUUAGUUCCUGCAAUUUCACACCUUCGUCUUCAUGAUUUUCUUCUUCUUUCGAGGGAAAAAGAAACGAAGAAAGAGGAAAGAAUUGAAAAACCACGAGCAACCUGCAACACCAUAGGAAGGAGAAACCCGAACUCCUUAAACAAAGAAACCAGAAACAAAAAGCCCCCAGCCAAGAAAAGACCCCAAUUUCUCUUUCCUCCAUAAAGCCUUAUCACAAAAUCGACCUUCUCCAUCAAUACCUUAUCACAUUUGACGGCCACGAAAUUUCUGAUCCAAGACCCAUAAAGUGAUUUCCUGGAGCUCUAAUUUGAUGAUUUUCAGGCGCCAUUAGGCCCGUGGUUACUCGAUGGGGUUUGUGUGACCUGAACUAGUUGUGGAGUUGGUUACUAAGUGUGGCUGUGAACUGAGCGGAGUAUUUUGGCAUCACAUUGGAGAGUUACUGGCAAUAGAACAGCUAAUCUGGUUUCUUUCCUCGGCGACCGGAGUGCCAGCUGGAUGCCACAUUGGCGCUAGUUAUGUUUAAAAAAAUAACAAAACCCAAUUUUCUCUCUCUCCUUCAGCUCCAUAUCUGACUCCUCCAACUUUUACCCUCAUUUUUCUCUCUUUUGCCCUAAUCCCAAGAAUUCACUCUGUCUCGCCAUAGAUGAUCUAUACCAGUUUAAUCGAAAUACAGGAUCCCUCAAAAUCUCUCUGCCGAAUGCAAACCUAACUACUACCUCUCUCACUCCUGUCUAAAUCCCUCUACCUAAACUCAAAUUCCCAUUUCAGCGGAUUGCAAGCAUGAGGACUAUGGUAGUCUCAUCUAGCUCAAACUCAGAAUCCCUCAUUUUCACAAAAUAUUCAAUUGCUUAUAUACAAAAUAAAUAGCACAAGCUUUGAGAAGAAAGGGCUAGUCAGGUAAUUGGGUAUAAUUUCUCUCUUCACAUUUUGCAAAAGGAACCCAUAUGGCCUCUUCUGGUGUAUCCGUAACUCAAGUUUUAUGAUCGUGAAGAGAAGUUGAAGAUUAAGCUAACCAUGAAGGGCAAGAUUCAUCAACAGUCCAUCUCCUUUCGGUCAAACAAGAAAGGUGAUUGGAGUAAUCAAGCAUCAUAUUCUAAAGACGGGAAGCUGCCCAGUGAUUAUCCAAUGAGAAUAAUUUGGAAGAAGGGGUUUAUUCGAUUGAUUUUUGUAGCUGGCAUUCUGUGGAUGUUGCUCAUUCUUCUUGUACUAUUAUUUCACAUUUGGUCUUGUCAAUCUUCUUAUGUAUUCUUUUCAGCCAUCUGUAACAAAGAAAGCAAGGUGUAUGUCAUUUUACAUGCAUGGGGAUUUGUUGCACAGCAACACCGUUGUCCAAUCCCUGUUGCCAAUGAUCCUGACAAAAUAGUUAUCCCAGAAGGAAGAACUCCUGACAAGACUGUAAAAAAUCUAUCAUAUAUUAUGGAGGAUGAGCCUGUGAAGAAUGGAUCUCAAUCCCCAUUAUUUGGAGGACAUCAAAGCUGGGUGCAAAGAAAUGAGAGUUUCAAACUAAAUUCUUCCAUGAAGGUCCAUUGUGGAUUUAUGCGUAAUGGUGGUGCUGAAAUGGAACCCAUGGACACCAAACAUGUCAGGAAGUGUAAGUUCGUGAUUGCAUCUGGAAUUUUUGAUGGAUACGAUGUACCCCAUCAGCCUUCAAAUAUAAGUGACCGCUCUAAGAAAUUAUUCUGCUUUCUUAUGGUGGUGGAUGAGGCAUCUCUUGCUUUCAUAGAACAGAAUUCUACUGUGAGGGAGGACAAUAAUGGGGGACGUUGGGUUGGCAUAUGGCGUGUUAUCCUGCUGAAGCAUCCACCUUUCGACGAGCCUAGACGGAAUGGUAAAGUUCCCAAGAUUUUAACCCACAGGUUAUUUCCACAGGCACAAUACAGCAUCUGGAUUGAUGGGAAAAUGGAGUUGAUAGUUGAUCCUUUACUAAUUCUUGAAAGAUACUUGUGGCGUGGGAAGAAUACAUUUGCCAUUGCUCAGCACAAACAUCACCGCAGUAUUUAUGAGGAGGCAGAUGCAAACAAGCGGAGGAAACGAUAUGCCCGGCCACUCAUUGAUCUCCAUAUGAGAAUAUACCGUUAUGAGGGAAUGGAGCCUUGGAGUGUGAAGAAAGGUGUUGUUAGUGAUGUACCGGAGGGAGCUGUUAUCAUACGGGAACAUACAGCGAUAAAUAACUUAUUCAGCUGCUUGUGGUUCAAUGAGGUCAAUCUGUUCACUCCAAGAGACCAAUUGAGUUUCGGCUACGUUGUGUACAGGUUACAAGGUGCAUUCAAGUUCUUUAUGUUUCCAAAUUGCGAAUACAACUCACUGUUUGUGUUACAUCCACACACUAGAGAGCAUUCUUCGAAGGUCGAGUGGGUAAAAAGUUUAAGCGAGUUUCGGGGAAAUGGUAGCAGCAUGAAAGAGAGUAGAGGUGGAUUAGGACUUUGGACUCCUUAUCCUGGAGACCUCAAUUCAGUAGCAUUGCCACCAGUUGUAAGAUCUUCUAAAGCUGGCUGAGAAUCAAAGUAAUCUACUUUUCCUUUGGAAGAAUUACUUGAUAAUUUAUAGUAAGAUCAUCUAGAACUGUUGACAUUUUAAAAUUCCCAUUCAUUUUAAAGUAUGCUCUUAUUGAGUUUUUGCAAUGAAAUAGAUUUCAACUAAUGCCUAAAA